CACGUGAUGUAAACAAUAGUAAAUCCUCGUUGCGUCAAGGUGUCAUCUGGGCACCAAGUUGACAGCUCAUAUUGAGUGUUGGUGAAGUACGAUAUUAUAUACGAAGAAAUUACUGUUUUUGUAGGAAAGUGAUGCAUCUGACCAUCAGGAAAACUGAGUAACCUUUCUGGACAACAACUGCUACACCAGUACGGCUCCCAGCCAUGGCCAGUCCAACAAUUGAGUCACUUUGUUGCGUGUCCACCAAUAACGCUUUCAGCAAAGAUUUCCUCGCAGAUUUUCAGUCAGUGCCAUAUAAUGCUGUGUCCAUUGUGGCAUCUGUGCUUGGCAUAACAGGAGCAAUCUAUCAGGUGCUUCCACGGACAAGUGUCUCUAGAAAUUCUAGUGCAGGUCGUGGAUUCUACAAGACAAGAGGUCGCCUCAUCAUCAGGUGGCUGGCUUUAGCAGAUCUGAUGGCAUCCUUAGGCAUCCUCAUCCGCUCAGCUUCUUGGCUUGCUGAUAACACAUUUGGUUCAAAGCCAGAUGAUGGCCUGACUGGCCAGUUCGUAUGUAUUAUAACCUCCGGAAUGAUUCAUUACUUCUACACUGCCACUUACUGUUGGACCUUCUUGUACGCACUCGACGUUAAGUUAGUAAUGCAGGACAAACGGAUAAGUCAUCGUGUCUAUCACCUUGUGUCUUGGAUUGUGCCUGUUGUCUUGUGUCUAACUGGCCUUCUCAUCCUUUAUCUUCCUGACCUAAACUGUCACAGUAAGGCCGUCAACCCAUAUAUUCGGUUCCUUCCCAACUACCUCAGCUCAUUCAUCCCCAUUGUGGUUGUUAUGAUUGGCAACCCAGUGUUAUAUUGCUUAGCUUUUUCCAGAGUGGAAAAGCAAAUUAUGUCGGCAAGAGGCAGAUAUACUCAGUCAGAGCGACGAGUGGUUGACGGGCUGCUGAAGAAGUUCUCACUCAUCAAUGUUGUAUUUUAUCUCUGCUGGUUACCAAACAUUAUAAAUGGUAUUGUGUUAUGGACAACGUGGGAUGAUCUUCCCAAAACCUUCGUUCUAAUCAUUUGGUACCUAAUGGCAAUCCUGAACCCACUACAAGCCGUCUUCAACUGUGUGGUGUACCGCAGCUGGGACUCUGACAGCACCAUACCAAAGCCCGGAGUGGUAAUACGGAAACUGUGGCGGAAAAAGUCUUCACAACAGCUGGAAGACACCGCCACCAAUAUAGAUGACAGUGCAGAUGAUCAGCUACAAGAUGGAGACGAAUCUGCCGGGGAAGGAUCUCUUGCCGCCGCCAUGCAAGUAUCACACGAACGCACGCCUCUCCUCUCCACUCACCCUAAUGGCUCUAAGAAUGAAAAAUCUCAAGAAAGAAUCACUCCAACCCAUACCCUCAAGAAAUACACACCAGACAGGAGACAGCCUACAGCCACGUGUUUACUCUGAAGCACCAGCCGGAAGACAGCCUACAGCCACGUGUUUACUCUACAGCACUACAGCACCAGCCGGGAGACAGCCUACAGCCAUGUGUUUACUCUACAGCACCAGCCGGGAAACAGCCUACAGCCACGUGUUUACU